GAGAGCGGAGAGAGCGGACAUGCUGCUGCUGCUGCUGGGACCCGCAACUCCGUCCGCCAGCACGGUUGCAAUGGUGCAUGAACGCCCUCAGCUCUUCCCCACAGUAGACGUCCCUGAUCAUGCACACUACACUGUUGGUGCUGUAAUCCUGGUCAUCGGUAUCACCGGCAUCGUGGGCAACUUUCUGGUCAUCUAUGCUUUCACCAGGAGUCGUACUCUAAGGACACCUGCCAACAUGUUUAUAAUAAACCUGGCCAUCACAGACUUCUUCAUGUGUGCCACACAGACUCCAACAUUCUUCAUAACCAGUAUGCACAAGAGAUGGAUCUUUGGAAAGAAAGGUUGUGAGCUGUAUGCAUUCUGUGGGGCUUUGUUUGGGAUGUGCUCUAUGAUCACUCUCAUGGUCAUCGCGGUAGACCGCUACUUUGUCAUCACGCGACCCCUGCACUCCAUUGGCAUCCUGUCCCAGAAGAGGGCACUGUUGGUUCUCAUGUGUGCUUGGAUUUACACUCUGGGCUGGAGCCUGCCACCGUUCUUUGGCUGGAGUGCUUAUGUUCCUGAAGGUCUGAUGACUUCUUGUACAUGGGAUUAUGUAACUUUUACUCCUUCAGUUCGGGCAUACACAAUGCUGCUCUUCAUCUUUGUCUUCUUCAUACCACUCAUCAUCAUCAUCUACUGCUAUAUCUUCAUCUUCCGUGCCGUUCGUAACAGCAAUCAAGAUGUGGUGAAGCUGAACAGGUACAAUAGCAGAGACUCAGUAAAAAGAAUAAAUAAGAUGAAGAAAGAAUGGAAAAUGGCCAAGGUUGCUCUCAUUGUCAUCCUGUUGUAUGUCAUCUCCUGGUCUCCCUAUUCAAUCAUGGCUCUUACAGCGUUUUCUGGAGUGGCGAUAGCAAAGUAUAUCCCAUGUUUGCGUGUGCUGCUGUGUGUUCCUCAGAGGGAGCUCCACUCUCUCCACAGCAGUGUUAUAUCUACCAGACUCUCCACUAUAACCACCAGAGCCUCAGACAUGUCUGGGAAAUUUUCCCAUAACAGUACAGGCAAAUCCCACACCUCUUCUGCCUCUGACGAUGAAUCUGAAGGGAACGAAAGCAUGGAUGGUGCUACGAUCCAGAUGCCCAGAAUAGUGGUCACCUCUGAGUCCGAGCUGUUUCUGACUUCUGUGAAAUGACUUAUUGUUAUUCUGCCCUGUUCUGUGUUAAUAAGUUAUUGCAUGCUGUUGGUUGACA